AAAAAAGUAAAAAGCAAAAUCUUCCCCAUCUAUGUUUCUUCUCUCGUUCUUCUUCUCCUACUGUUUCUUCUUCCUCCUCUUCGUUGCUUCAUACUCUCUGUUUGCAUCGCCACCGCACCAAACCCUCACAACUCAACCCACCAACACCAACACAUUUCUUCAUCACUUCGUUUUAUAUCACUAUAUCAAACAUAUUAACAUUUAUUUAUACAUAUAUUAUAUAUUUUAUAUAUACAUAUACCCCAAUGCCUGCUCAGAAGCGGUCUUCACCCGACAAUUUCACCUGCAAAGACGAGGAAGAACAAGAAGAACAGACAGGUUUUCCACCCGUUAAUCAAAAUGGUCAUAAUCAUAAGCAAUCUCGGCUUGACCCAUCUUAUUUUUACGAACCAAACCAAACCAACCAUGAAGAACAAGAGCACCAAAAUGAAGAAGCUACCCAGAAACCAGAAGCUGAUCAAGAACACAAAGAUGAUUCUGAGGAGAGUGAAUCUUCUAGCUCUGAAGAAGAGGAAGAUGAUGAUGAAAAACCCGAGUUUGUCUUUGUGGAACUGCCAGAAAUUCGUAAAGACGUGCAGUGCCCAAUUUGUCUUGGAAUCAUAAAGAAAACACGGACUGUAAUGGAAUGUUUGCACCGCUUUUGCAGGGAAUGCAUUGACAAGUCAAUGCGACUUGGGAAUAAUGAGUGCCCUGCUUGCCGGACACACUGUGCAAGUCGGCGCUCUUUGAGAGAUGAUCCAAAUUACGAUGCUUUAAUCGCUACUUUGUAUCCAGACAUAGACAAGUAUGAGGCGGAGGAAUUGGCUUUUCAUGAAGAGGAAAGGACGCGGAAUAAGCAGAUCCAAGCUUCCAUUGCCCAAAUAUUUCAACGACAGUCUGAAGCACUGGCUAAGAAACGUGCGAUAGGUAAAGAAACAACUGGUUCAUUUAUGCCAAGAUCACUGCGCAAUCCUCGGACAGUUCCUUCAAGGAGGAGACGAAACAGCCGAGGCGCUGAUUAUUUAAUGUCUGAAGACAUGGAUGAAGAAAAUGAUGAUAAUGGAGGCAAGGAUUCAUCUUCUACUGAUGAGCGCUCCACAGAAGUGAGGCACCGCAGGCAGAAGAGACGUACGGGUAUUCGACCCUCUCAACCUUCUUCGUCAGCUUCAAACCCUGAAGGUGGAUUCAAUGAAAAUGAAUUAGAAGCAGGAAGAGAGAACAGAGGAAUAUCUCCAGGCCUUGUUUGGAGUACAGAAAUGCUUGCUUGGGGCAGGGGUGGUGCUCGAAGUAAUACACGGCAUGGUAAUGCUAGUAGUUGCAACAAUAAGAAUACCCGAAGCACUCGCUUAUCCCGGCUGGUAGACUAUCUCAGGGGAUUAGAUGAAAAAAAUGAUGAGUUAGACGUUCAUCUCGUCCUUGUUUCUUUGGAGAAACAAAAUGCUCCGAGUAUGGAGCAUCCUUAUCUUUGUUGUCGCCCCAGUUUGUCCGUCAAACAUCUAUGUGAAUAUGUUGCUCAUCGAACAACUUUGCAAGCUGAAGAUGUUCAAAUUUUAUUAGUUAAGGGGGCGCAUAAGGUUGACGACAAACUAUCUACGCUACAUCCUCCCAUUUCAAUGGAGGAGCUUCAAAUUUUGAAAGGGCAAGAAACUUUGGCAGGUCUUAAAUCCAACUGCAACCCCAUCAAAGAUCAUCUGAUUCUAGCAUAUCGGCAGAAGGAGGCCUAGUAGAUUAAUUUUAAGAGAAGGGGAAGGUAAAAAAAGCAUAGAGUUUUUAUGUAUAUACAGAUGAAGAGAAAGAUCGACGGCGACUUCCAUUUAGUGCUCCACAUCAGUAUCAUAUUUUACCAUUUUUAUACAUAGUAUUUUUACUUUUUAUUGAUAGAGAUUUUAUGGGUGUGAUUAAUGUGUUUUAUACCAGUUUUCAGAGGAUUUAUGGAACUUUUUUUUUUCAUACUGCAAACUUGGCUAAUUGUCUGAAUAGGUGAAUCGUAUAAUUCCAUUGGUUUUUUUGCAUUUUUAA